GGGCGGCCCCACAACGCCCUGGGGGUCCUCCGCUGGACGGUGCUGACUAAAGGGGGUCCGGGCCCCCAGCCUUUCGGGGCGCUGAAGGGCACCAAAGCUGCGUUGUUAGUGACAGAAACACCCACAGACAUCAAGGAGAUCAGGCGCCACGUCACUGGGAGAAAACAGCUUCAGAGUCCUGGCUCCAGGGAAAAGAGGUUCCCUUUUCAACCUCCACCUGCAGGGGACCCCUAACUUCUCUCCUUGGAGAGGACGACGCCCCUUGUCGGCAUUCGCCUUUCCUCGGCUCUAGUCCAUUUGUCAGCGAAGGAAGGCCCGUUUAUGGUGCCAAAGGGAAUUCUUUAUCCUAAGGAUUUAAGGGGUAAUCCCCAAACGACCCCACUUUGGUCAGCGUCUUCCGAGUGAAGGAGAUUCUCAACUUCCCAAAAACGCGACAGAAGUAUCUUUCUUUUCUACAAACAAACAACCCUCCACCUCAAACAUUUGUCUUCCCUUCAUUUUUUUACAUUCACCUCAAGAUAAAGAGAGGAAGGCCCAGAAUUUAUGUUAUUGCAAGGUAAACCUUUGAUGUAAAAGACUUGACUCCAUAAUCUCCAUCUGCCCUAAUGCUGUCAUCUGGAGUAGAGACUCAGCCAGCUCCACUUGACUCCCUCAUGCCUGCUGUGGUACAUGAAUUAUACUCUGAACUCUCAGUAAGUGUCUCCAAAGAGCUUCAUGCUGAGAAGGAGCCAAGUAUGAUUCCAGAUGUAAAACCUGGAGCCUCAAGCUCUCCUAGAAGUCAGAGUAGGGCAUCACCCCUGGAGCUGCAGAGGACUCAUGCAGAAGGCUGUUGUGAAGAAACCUUUGAAACCUUGGAUUAUGGAAGCAAGCCUGGGUGGUGCGGACUAGUGAACCCUACAGCAAGAGGACCUGUGGCUUUUGAGAUAUUGGAUAGGGAAGAAAGAACCAAGAGCAUGGAGCCAAAGGUCUUCAGAGAUCAAGGAGACCAGGCCGAAGUUGUCAUUGGCCCCUGUGAGGCAGCAAAGGAGGACCCAUGUGAACAUUCCACAGCUUCUAAAGAAAAGAUCUACCCCAGUCAGGAUGUCCUCCUGAUACAAUCCAGCAAAAAGCCUGUAUUCGCAGACCUCUCUGGAGAUCUGCUAAAGAACAAAGGAAAUGUACACAAUACAACUGGAACUCUGCCAGAACCCAUUGAAGACAUAGAAGGGAACUGUGCCAUUUCCAAAAUGAACAAAGUGAAGGAAGAAUUGUGUGACUUAAACCUUGUCUGUGAAGUAGAAGAUGGUCACCAACAGAUUCUCAACUAUGAUAAGGAAAAACCCAGUUCUGCACAUGAUCAUUCCACCACUGCAGCGAGCAAAGACUCUAUAAAACCCUCAGAAGAAAAUUCUAAAAUUUUAUAUCUCACAUCAUAUUUAUCUGGCCCAAAAUCCUUAGAAAAAUGUCAUUUUGAAGACAAUGAUUUAAUAAAGGAAUAUGCUGAAAAAAUACACAGAGUUGAGCAAAGCAAGAACUUCACUUGUGGAAAAGAAAGUAAAGAACAGUAUUGGAGGCCCAGGAGUGAAAGAAGAGGUCUCUUUCCUUCCAAUGUCAGACAACAAGAGCAGGAUGGUUCUAAUGAAAAACAGGUUGUGGAGUCCAGUAACCACAGUAUCUGUACCAUUCAGGCUAGUUCCUGUACAGAGAACUAUAAUUCUGUGCCUAAUUCUUUUUCUGAAGCAACAGAAACAAUGUUUAAAAAAAAUGAUCUGAAAAUUACUUUAAACAUUCAAGGUAAUUUGGUAUAUUCCAAGGACCAUAGAAAAACCGUCACUGAUGUGAACCAUCCUGAGGUACACUUUGAGGAAAGUAGUUUUCCCUUGUUGACGAAUACUGAAGAGCCAGAACAAACAAGAAUAAAGUCCAGUGCAUUAAAUGAAAAGAUUUACAGUACAGACUCUAAGUCUAUAGUCAGCAUCCAGAGAAAUCUGGAUGAUUCUCUGCCAAAUAAAGCAUCAUGCAGUGAUUUUCUGUCUGGAAGAAAAUCCCUUCAGAAUUUGAUACCUGCAGAUCCAGUAAGUUCUGAAUAUAAUGAAAUGUCAAAACCCAAGAAGGAUACUGCAAAAUUAGCACCAUGUCCAGAGUUUGAUUGUGGACCUGCUUCAGAAAAGCAUGUACAGACCUCACAUGACAACAUUUCACAUUUAGAUGAGCCGAUCAUUGCCUGUGAGAUGAGUGAACUUUCUUAUAACAGUGAACUGGUUUCGCACAAAAUAGAACAUGAAUGUGUUUUAAAUCAACAAGUGUCCCUUAAUUCUAAAGAGCAUGUGACAUUAUCAACUGACUCUCUACUAAAUCUAAACAGAGAGAUGCCUUCAGCAACAUGCAGAGAUGCUCAACAGAGCCAUCAUUCUCUAAAGAAUGAAACAAAUGUUACCACCAAUACUCAAACCAUUCCUGCUGAGACAAAAUUGGAAGCCAUGUCUCCACAAGGUGACAAAACCUGUGGUGCCUCUUCAUACAUACAUACCUUAAAUAUCAAAAUAAGAAGCCCAGAAGGGCAAAAAGAAAUGGUUGAUUCAGGUAUCAAAGAUUUACAUUCCACGUUUCUCACAAGUGAGAAAAAAGCAGCUGGCUAUUCCUUUGACACAGAAUGCCAAAAUGUUCAGUCUCAGGAUAUCUCCAGCUGUCGAUGUGUAAUGAGAAAUGCAUCAGAAAAGAAUAUGUGUUCUGUUUGUGCUGCCCUUGGACCCAAAAAAGAUAUCCUGAAAGUCAGCAACUGUAAAAUAAACUGUGGGAAUGCAUGUCAGUCUAGCAGUCACUGCUUCCAAAGACCUGAAGACUUUGUGGAAAAUAGCACCUUUUUGGAGAGUGAACCUGCUGGGAGGGAGACUCAAAGCAGCAUUCUAGGAGGCAAGCUUAGAAAUGAACUGACAGCAGGAGUGUCGGAUAGUGGAGCUUUAACCACAACCACUCACGCUAGCAGUCAUAUGGAAACCAGUGAGGAAGGACUGGGUGGAAAGAAACGGGGUAAACACAAAGACACUGCAGUUUAUACACUCAGCACCUCUGCUUGUGACACACAAGAACUGAACCAAUCUACAAACAUUCCAAGUCCUGACACACUAGUGGACCAGUCUCUGACUGUUAUUUCAUCUCAUUUUAAAACCGUGUUCCAAGCAGCUGGAAGUCUUGACCAGAAAGCAGAUGAAGUUUCUGACUGUCAGGGUAACCAAAAUAGUCCAGACAAAUGCAGAAGUGAAGGUAAGCCAGCUCUGGAAGGAAUAAACAGUGACCACCGAGAGACUAGCCCUGAGGGAAGCCUCAAGGAAAAGGAUUUGAUAGUUGGUUCAGGCAGUAAAAACCCUGUGUUUUGUGGUAGUUUAGAGAAAAAAGAUUCCAAAGGAGCCUUUGAAAAUAGUCCUGGCUCUAAAGAGUUGACACACAGUGUGCUAGAUGUGGUGUGUCCAGACUGCAUAGGUGAGCCUACAGAGGGUGUGCUAGACAUGGAAGCAUCUAGUCCAGCUGGUCAUUCUACAAGGCGAGAUAAAUUAGCAUACCAUGAGACCUUAAGGAGUACUUCAUCUCUUCGAGAGCUGAAUGUUGUAUUUAUAGGUACAACUGACCAGAACUCAGAAAUCUCAAAUGCUGCUGCUUCUACAGUAGACUCUCCUGAAAUACUAAAAUCACGUGAAAUAAAAGUAUGCAGAUCUCUAAAAGACUGUGAAAUGGAAGAGUGUCCAGACUCUGCCAUUGAUCAUGAAGUAGAAUCUGUUGCCGAUCAUGAGCCACAUAUAAGAGCACUAGAUAGAGGAGGUGUGUCUUUAAAUCAUAUUCAUUGUAAGCAUCAAGAUAAAGGAGGAUCUGUGACAGAAGGACUAGGAGCAAAUUCUGAGUUUGAUGAGAAGAAAAUCUUUGAAUUAUCCUCAAAAGACUUGUCUUCUAGAUGCCGAGGCUCUGUUGACAGGCAUUCCCGUAUGUCUUCUGAAGAACAUUUACCAGCUGGUAUUAGUGGCAAAGCACCUAAAUUGGAACAUCUCUUUAAACCCAAAGAUGGUAAAAUGCUUCAUGAAAAUGUCAAGGAUUGCACAGUCCAGUCUGACAUGAAGGAAGGAAUACCAGCCGAUAUAAGCAAUCCUAGUGAAGGAGAUACCACAUAUGUCAGUGUGGACAAAAAUGUUUGCAAAGCUUGUCAUUCUCGUGAGAAUUCCACAGAUAAGUAUUUGCCUUUGAUAAUGGAAACAGCAAUUAAAAUGGAUAGAGAAAAGGGUAUGCAUGCACUGCUAGAACAACACAUGUCAUUGAACAUGUUGUCAGAUGAGAUGCAGAAUAAGAAGCAACCUGUGGCUGACCAUGAUGAGUCCAUCAUAAUGGAAGAAGUCACCCUAAGAAAGCCAACCAAGAAAAAAAUGGCUAGACAGCUUCAGAGGUUAGAAGACCCAAAAGAAGAAAGCUUAUGUCAUCUGUUAAUGAAAGAUAUUGAAUUAUGCACAGGUCCUCGGCUUCUUGGUACCUCCUGGAAAGAACAUGAUCCCAGCUCUGCUGGGGGUGAUCAAAUACACGGUGCCUUUGUGACGCUGUCAUAUCAGCAAAGAUUGCUUCCUGUAAAGAAGCAGCCUCAUCGAACGUGUAAGAGAAUUUCCUGCCUGGAGCCAGUUACUGUGCGGAGAAAAAUAAGUAAAGUGAGAAAUUCUAAUUGUGGAAAGAGUUCCUCUAACCCCAUCCCUACAAAAGCACACAGACUUCUCAGCCCAUGUGCUGUGCCUGCUGCACCACUGGAACCUGAAGCAGUACCUAGCAAGAGCUUGUGUAGCCACAUACCAAAGCUGAAGGCUACUCUGUGCCAUCCCUUGAGGAGCCUGAGUUGUAGGAAGCCUACCAAAGAAUCAGCCUUACUAAACAAGCUGUCUAUCCUUGCCUCCAAACUGGUUCUGGCCACAAAGCCCCAAAAACUAAGAUAUCGGCGGUAUUCCUCUUCCCUUGUUCCAUUGGCUAAAAGCUAUAAGCGCUUCAGAUAUAAAAAGCUCCUAGAUGGAUUUUCAUAUAAUGCAAUGCAGCUGGACCCAUAUUUGGCAGCUACUGGAUGGGAUAGGAGGUCUAACAGUAAGCCCUUGGCACUUUAUUCUCUUGAAUCUGUCAAAAUGAGCUUCAUAGAUUUGAGCAACAAGAUGCCAUCACUGCUGUUUGGUACUGAAAUCUUCCCAUUUUCCUUUCAUGUGAAAUCACCCAGUUGCAUGGUUGAGUCCUCCAGGACUUUUCCUGAGCACUGUGCUCCAUCAAGGCUUGCCUUAGCAGAGACCUCCCAGUGCUCAUCUCCACCUCCCAAGUGGACCUUUUCUUUUUUCAUGUCCCAUGGAUGCCCUGGGAUGGCCACAUUCAGGGAAGACACUGGCUUCUGUAGUCAGACACGCACUCAGGCUCCUCCACAGACUACAGCUCCUCUCCGAGACUAUGGAGGCACUGCCAUAGUCCAGACCAGAGCAGACUGCUCUGUCCUUGGCCUUCACACACUUCUAGCACUUUGUUCACCAGGAUGUUACCGAAUCUGGACAAAAAAGCGGAGCUUCUCCAAUCACAUGCCUACCAUGCAGAGGCUCUUCUUGACCCAGUUUACACAGGGCUUAAAAGGGUUAAGAUCUCCAGCCUCUCUAGCAGACAAGGUCUUCUGCUCUCUGCCCUACUCAGUGGGCCGAGUGUUGUCCAUUUGGAGCCAGCAUGGGCCUUCCUGUACCUUCCAAUUGCCAGCUCUUCAUUCUACUCACAGCAAGCCACAGGGGAGCCUGAGCACCCUGAGCAGCCACACCACCAUACCAAAUGUGCCUCUUCCAGGCAUGGAAGCUAUCCAUAACACCAACAGCAGUCACAUGAGGCUAGAGCCUGUGUUCCCUGCCUUGGUGCCAAAGUCUUGCUUGGUAACAGAACCUGCUGUCAGCAAGCUCCUGCUUUCAGCCUCCGAGUUCCAGGUCCCUGGGUUUGAUGAGCUGGGUGAUGUGUCAGUGGCAUGCCCCCGACCACAGAGCAACUCUGCAGAACAGAAAGAGGCUGAGCCAGAGAAGAGACCAAAGAAAGUCUCACAGAUCCGAAUCCGGAAAACCAUUCCUAAACCAGAUCCCAACCUUACCCCAAUGGGCCUGCCUCGGCCCAAAAGGUUAAAGAAGAAAGAGUUUAGUUUAGAAGAGAUAUAUACAAACAAGAAUUACAAGUCUCCUCCUGCAAACAGGUGUUUAGAGACCAUCUUUGAGGAACCCAAAGAACGAAAUGGUACACUCAUCUCUGUCAGCCAGCAGAAAAGGAAGCGUGUGCUGGAAUUCCAGGAUUUUACUAUCCCCCGAAAGAGACGAGCUCGAGGUAAAGUGAAGCUGGUGGGCAGCUUCACAAGGGCCCAGAAGGCAGCUCUGCAGACUCGAGAGCUGGACGCGCUUUUGAUUCAGAAGCUGCUGGAACUGGAGACUUUCUUUGCCAAGGAGGAGGAGCAGGAGCAGUCAGCAAGCUGCUGAAAACACUGCAGCGUCUCCAUUUUGAAUCUUUCAGACCUCCCUGGAAGGGGCUCCCUGAUUUUGUCCUAUGCCCAAACCACUCACAAUGCCCAGUCCGUGAAUUUUUACUUAUUUCAAGGUGCAGCCUUUUUAGGAGCUGGUGAAGAAGGUCCUCUAAUUCUACUGCUGAGUAUAGAGCCUCAGGAAUGCUCCCUUUCUCCUGGGAAUGGUCCUGAGUGACAUCAGGCCACCUCCUUCCCGUCUCUCCCAUCACAGGUGGAAGAAACCACACAUCGUAAGCAACACUAGGAAUCUAAGGACUCGGUGUUUGUUUGUGCAUCCACAUGAAAGUUCCUCUCUGUUUAUGGUGCUGCUUGACCAAGACUUAGAAAUCUGGCCUGGGGGCUCCUGGCCACAUGGCCUGUGUGUUCCCACAAGCUCUUUUUAGUGGUUGAGAAGGAUGAACUGAUUCUGUCUGCCCAGGACCUUUAGUCUGAAAGAAUGUGUGUGUUUGUGUGUUUGUGGCUUUUCCCCAUCUCUUCUCCCAUCUGUGACUGGGGGUCACUAGUGCCAGAGGAGCCCGUCCAGGCCCCAACGUAAGUUGCACUUUUUUAAUGUUGUGGUGUUGAUUAUUUUCACUUUUUUGUUUUUGUAUUAUUGCUGCAUGUUUGGGGUCUCUAAAUGUGAUUUUAAAACACUUUUAAGACAUUAAGGAGAAAGACAAUACAUGUCUUAAGAGAACAUGUGACAGGCAUUUGAUCAGCACAUGGAUGGGGGCGUGUUCCAAUUCAUGUGUUUCAGGCAGCCCCUCCCCGUCUCCAGUUUCUCAUGUAGCUCAUUAGAGGAAGCACUUUUUCAUCCUCCUUCUCAGUCCUGCCCACUUAGCACACAUAUCUGGUUAGUGACCUGUGUAAAAGCAGAUCUCUCACGUAACCAUUUAAAGAAAGAUUAAGGUUGAGUGUGGUUUUUCUUUGAAAUGUGUGUAUGACAGAGUUGGGAACAGUGGUGAUAGAGACUGGCCCAGAGCAUUUGCAGCUGCUUGAGUGCCUGCUUCAGGAGUGGGGGAUAGUUGAUUGAUAGACGAGACCUAGUGAUCCAUUCCUUCAGCAAGAUACCCAAAUCCCAGAGCCAGGGCUCUCUGAGAGUGCCUCAUGUACUCUGGUCCUUUGUCAAACCUACUGGAAAUAAUUGCAUGCUAAAAGUAGUGCAGUUUCUAGGUUUGUCCCCAAAAGGAGUCUGCAGGCAGUAGGCUACCGAGUCUGAGCAGCAGCCCCACAGAGCUCAUCUUCCCACUGUGCCCUCACCAUGCUCCCUACUUUCCUCUUGUUUUCUCAUUCCAAUCUCUCUCCUGCUCUUUACACCUACCCUACAGUUCGUGUUCAAAUAGUUAGCAUUCCUGGCUGAUGAGUACGAUGUUCUACCCAGCCAUUGGACAUUGGUCACCUCUUCCCAUCCUUCUAGCUCGGUCCAGGAAUGUUUCCUGUCUGUCUGUAGAGAAGAGUGAGUGGUGCUGUGCUGGAAUGUUAGCCGGUACUCUUAGGAUUCUUUCAUCCCUCUUUGUUAGUGGCUAGGGAGAAGGGUGCAGUUUUGAGGUCUUUUCGUGCCUUUCUUUGUAGGUUGAUGGUCUGGGCCACACUGGAACAGAAAAAUAAGAUGUGAGCAGAGGGAAAAUGUACCAUGACCUUCACCACCUCAGCUGUUAAAUAAGUUAACAGACACUUGCUUGUCUGGGAGGCUUUGAAGGUCAUGAUCCCAUAGGAUUAGAAGAGUGUGGGCUAGCACACCGAUCCUCAGUGAUGUGUGCAGAAGUGUUUAGUACUAAGUACUAAGACACUGUGCAUUAGACAGCUUUCCAGCUAGCAGGCAGUAGACAGCCAUUCAUUAGUUUCACCACCAGAUCACCCAGGAGACAAAUGGUGAGGUGUGCACAGCUGUGCCACCAGCAAGAUGACAGCAGACCUUCAGGAUUUGCCCCUGACAAGUAUGGAUGGCACUUGAAAGGCUGGGAGCACUGGCCUGGAAUGUGACAGGACUAGAGAGACCUAGCUCCAUCCUUGUCCUGGGAACGUAGGGGGAGCAGUUGUUCUUGGCCUUCCCUUGAUAAAGGCUCUUCUUUUUCCAAGUUAAGAGAAAUUGACUCAUUGAGUAAUUCCAUACUCAGCCACACCUGUUUACUGUCCAGUUUCACACCCAUCAGCCAGCCUCAGGGACACAUCAGUGUCCUCAGAACCUGUGGCCUCUGACUAUGAUGGGAGAUGCUGGCAGUUGGCAUGUCACCUGCCAGAACUACAGAUCUGUUCUGGGAUGGAAAUUGGUAGAAUUUCUAAGGAUAGGGUGUCCCCAUCUCAAGUAUAGAAAUUGCCAUUAAACACAACUUAAUAGCGCUCACCUCCGAAGUUACGGCUAUGGGGAAAGAAGAGAUAGCUCAGGUCCAACCAGAUGUCAGUCGUUUCCUUUGCCGUCUUUCAGUUUCCAGCUGUAGCAACCUCCUUCCCUCCAUUAGUGCCUCUCUUCCUUUUCUCUCCUGCUGUCCUGUUCAGCUUUUCUCUCUGUUCAUCUGGAUGUACCUCAUCACCUGUUAAAGUAGAUUGUGUCUGUCUUCCUGCUGCCCUUAAUAUAAGAGCUGACUGAGAGGGAGGGAGGGAUAGAUGUGCAGUGGAAAGAUGUGUAGCUUUUGCCUUACUUGAGCCUGAAGAGCUCAGAAACUCAUGCUGUGAAUCCUGAACUUUGUGCUCCUCCAAGAGCUGUGAAAAUCAUGACAUUUUUUUUUCACAAUUUUGCCUGAAAGGGUCUUUUGUGAGGGCUCCAGAGCCAACCUGAGGUCAAUUUUAGAUCCCACUCUGUGGGCAUCCUUCUCUGGGACAUAUCCCCUGCCCACUAGGUUAAGAACAGCAGCAAGUCUGCGGGACUGUGGCAGCAGGUCCAGGGCUGCAGUGCAGCCAAGUGGACAUGGCCCUUGAUCUCCCAGGCUGGGGCUCCACCUCCUCUGUACCAUGUGCAUUAAGAUCUGUGCAAGACCAACUUUUAGGUCGUGAUACUUUCCUCCUGGCACCUGAGGGGAGGGGAGUAUGCAGUUGGUGCUUUCUUUGAUCCCCUUGUUUUAUUUCUAUAGCUUUCCCCCUGGUAUCAUGAAAAGGGCCUUUUUAAUCACCACACAAUGGGUGGCUGUAUCCAAAGCAUAAAUAAUUGGCCAACGGUAUGGAAUGUCCUCACCUGGAGGUGAGAGCUGCUUUCCUGAACUGAACUUCGAUAUAGAACUGGCUAGGGAGACUUAGUUUUGUUCAAAUCACUAUUAAUAUUCCCUUUUAGCACACGUUGGGCAGCAAAAGCUUUUUCAGUUGUGAAGCUGGGGUCCUCAUCUAGCCACCAUCCAGCACAACAUGCUGAGAUUUCAAGCAUGUUCUGUCUUUACAAGACUGACUGUCUAGUGUUGAAUUUGAAUUCUCAACAAGAAGCCCCCUUGAGCUGGUAUCUGGGCCAGUAAGUUGCUGUCCCAAGUGUUCCUAUAUUAUCAUGGCUAAUAGUUCAGUGAAAUGUGUCCAUCUUUGGUAAUGUUGGUAUACAUAAUGCCCCUACAGUUCCUUUUCUGUUUGAUAGUUUGUGACUCUAAAUGCCCACUGUUACAUGAAUUAAUUUAUGAAAAUAAAUUUUUCUUGGAAACCUUUCA